AUGACACCGGUCUCCAAGCGCAGCAGCAGGUUGCCAACUAAGGAGCGAAGACGGUCCUUCCAGCGGCGUUCACCGACAUCGUCCCCAAGAGAACCGCAAUCAAGUGUUGCUGAUCACGAUGAAGGAGACACCCUACAAUUUAGACCCCCACGGGUAUCCUGCUUCGAAUUUCCAGUUUCGGCACCACAUUCUCAGUUUACACCAUAUCCGCCCGAACGGCCGGCACAACAGAUAUCUGAGCCGAAUGACUCUACUCCAAAAUGUCACCCUGGGCCCGAUGCGAUAUCAUCCCCCUUCAUUGUGACAGACAGGGAGCUACAUACACCGACCUCCGGAUCAGGAGACGCUGUUAUACAUUUAUUUUCUCCGGAAGGAAACGACCUGGAGAUACAACUGAUAAUUGAGCCGGAUGACUUUACUCCGGACCGUCGCCCCGAGAUACCCAAUUCUCCGCCACUGGGCAUUAGCUUAGUCCAGCGCCAGCUUGAGGCCAGUGAAUCUAUGGUGCAGUCGACACCCCAAAGCGACGAAGAAGCUAUAUCUGCUAGACUUGAAAGUUUUACCAUUCCGCAGGUGUCCCAUACUAUCGUUCAGCACUACGAACUUGUAAAAGAGCGCGGUGAGGCAGCAGAUCCUUCGCCCGCUUUCUCUGUUCGCAGUACUAGUCCUCAGGAAGAAGGACUAUUCUCCCAAACACUUCCACCUACAAAAGAGCCCAAAUCUUCACAUGAAGAGGAUGUCCACGAUGCUGAAACAACAGCGAAACCCGCAGAGGCAGGACAAACUCUAUCGGAUAUUGUGCCCCCAACAGGCCAGCCGUUCCAGGUCUGGACUCCACUAAUCGAAGACUUCCCAAAUUCCGCAGGGGAAUCGCGACCCGUGGAGGGAACUGUUAUGCCUGGUAACAACAAUCCGAUCAUUCAUGAGAUGGCCAUAUCUGCUCCGCAUGAAAGGAGCACGUCCUCAACCAACGCCGACGAGGAAGGCACGGGUAAAGCAAAAACGUAUGUCUCAACGAAACCAACAUGUUCUCUAAACCUAGUUUGCUAUCGUUCGGGAGCAGUGGGUUGUAAAAUGGUCCAGGUUCGAGUCGCAAAGGCGUCGCAGUUCAAGGACGACGCCACGUUUCAGAAAGCAGUUACAGAGAACCCGGAGUUGAUAGUGUCCGAUGUGGAGUUCUUCGAGAAGGUGAGAGACGCCUACCGUCAUCAAAUGUGCAAUUUCUGGCGGAGGGUCUUCUUCCUGAAAACCCUCCGUGGGAUGAGACUGCUUUCGUACGUCUCCAACAAUCGGCCGACAGUCGUCGAACUGGACAGUUUUGUCCUGCAAGAAAUCCUCUAUGCCUGCAACCACCCGUCUCAGAUCCACACAGACACCGUCUGGAUCGACUGGGUGUUCCGUCUUCGCGGACCGGACAAGCGGCAUGCACUCGAGUUCGUCGAGGGGUGGAACGGUACGAGGAUCGCAAUUGCCGGAAUGACACCGCUGGUGCUCUCGACCGUGGUCGGACUGACCUGGAGUAUCAAGUCGGGUGACUGGCAGACGGCGUUUACGGUCGCAGGAUUCAUCUUGACAGCAGGGACAUGUAAGUCUCACUCCACUCACACACUCUCCGUGGGGUUCGUGUUCUGA